UAUAUAUAUAUAUAUCAAACUUGGUGUUGUGAUGAAAGUGUGUGUAGGAAUUUUUUGGCAAUGGGGAAUUGCACUCUGAAAGGGGUCACUGGGGACUGUUACAAAUCUAUCCGGGUUCUGACGGAUUCCGGGACGGUUUUGGAGUUCAAAAGUCCGAUAACGGCUCGGGACAUCCUUAACGACCACCCCGGGUACGGCAUUUUCCGGGGUGGUCACGCGUCGUCUCCGUUGCUGGACCUCGAGUGCCUAAUCAGUGGCCGGUUGUACUAUCUACUUCCACUUGUUAAGGAUCAUGUGUUGGCUGUGACAGAGCCAGCUAAGAAGUCAUUGAGUGCAGCAUCGGAUGUUGUUGAGAAUCUGGCAAAUGAUUCUGAUCUUGAGGUUCUGCCAUCGGUCGGAGAUGGAGUCUGGAGAGUGAAGCUGGUGAUUGACACGAAGCAGCUGUCGGAGAUCUUGUCGGAGCAAGUGAAUACGGAGGCAUUGAUUGAGAGAAUGAGGAUGGCUGCAGCAAGCUCAGCUAGCACAACACCAAGGCCAACCAAGGGUGCUUGUAGAACGGGUCGGAAGCCAAACCUGUCUAAUCUUUUCAACUUUCAAGGUGCCUCUUGAAUCUUGAUCAUGGAAAAUAAAAUCAUGCAGAGUUUCAUGGCCAUGGAGUCUGAGCAAACCAAUCAAUCCGUUGGAGUGAGACAAUUCUAAGAAAGUCCCUUCUAGCUCACUUUAUAUUAGGUCUUUCUUAUGUUUUUAUUACCUUGUUUUGUACAUAUUAUAAUGAAAAUGAAGGUUGUUAUGAAUGACAAAAUAAGAA